CAAAUGGAAUAAAUUUUAACUCCAAAGAUGGCGUCCAUCAGGUACAUCCCUCAUUCAUUCCCUCCUUAUAGACGGGGGGACGGAGCCUAUAUCGACAGCCCCGAGGCUAAGAGCAUACUGGAAAAGGGCAGACAAUGGCUCCGUGAGAAUAUCAUUAAGUAUCAUUCCGAGUAUCCCGUGGAUACUACUGUAGCUCCUUCUAAUGAUACUCGGAGGAAGUCACGUGAUCCUUCUAUAUAUACAGGGGCUGGUGGUAAUGCUUAUGUUAACUGGAAGUUGAGUCAGUAUUAUCUCUCCGUUGGUAAUAAUGAUUAUUAUAUCGAGCACCUGAUGAAGGCAAUUGAAGCCAUACAUACUGCAUUAAGCAUCGGAGGAGAUGAUGGGAUAGCGUUUUAUAUUGGAAAAGCAGGUCUCUACACUUUGGCUUCAUUGAUUUAUAAUUCCUACAAUGAGCCAGUAAAGACUGAGACUUAUUUGAAAAGUCUUCUCUCGUGUCUUCCAGCUGCUCUCUCUCCCUCGCCUGAUGAGGUACUCUAUGGUAGAGCUGGUUACUUGUCCUGUCUCCUCAUCGCUAAGAAGUACCUACCAGCUGAUGUCUGUACUAAAUGCAACCUUGACGGAGCCAUGAGACAGAUGUUUGAUACACUGAUAGCCUCUGGUCAACAAGGACACAAAAAGAUUCUUCGUUAUUUCUAUUAUGGUUCAGACUACCUAGGUGCUGCCCAUGGUACAGCUGGUAUAUUAUUCACACUGUUACACUGUCCAGUUGAGUGGAUCAACGAACCAAACAUUAAACCAUUACUAGUCAAAACCAUCGACCACCUGGUAUCAGCUCAACUACCUAACUAUUUUUAGCUUCUGGUGCCUCGGAUAAGAUAAAUAAAGAGCUAAGCGGACAAUAAACAACUUUUUCCUUGUGGAAAUUUGAUAUAAAGACCCUACAGCACUCGAGCAGAAGGCAGUAAUGCCUUGAAGACAGAGUAGUGAAAUGUAAUAUGCUCAGACAGGACAACUGCUUUGCCCUCGCUUCACACCUACGUGUGGCUCAAGUAAUAAUUUGAUGGGGACACUCCGAGCUCCGAUGAUAGAUCAAACUAGACCAACCCAGGAGCCUCCACUCAUCACAAGGACUAAUGAUGUAUUCCAGAUCGGUACCCCAAGAGUAAGGAUACAGCAACUAAUUUGCUGAUUGUCACAGACUAUCAUUGUCUUGUUGUGUCAUUAAUAACAGAGUCCCUGAUUGUGUUAGCUACAGAUGGUUUAAAGAUGAUACAAUUUGAUGAACCUCAGUCUUUUUAUUCUUGUUUGUGGUGAGUUCGGUGAUCAAUAGAUGAUAAUCCCAGUCAUCCCACCAUAAGUUACUUGGAGAUGCUGCUGUACCUCUCCUAAUAAAUCAGUGACUGCUCACAACAAUGAGGAAGACAUUUGACUAGUUUUAAACUUUUAAUUUACUAUAAUUUAGUGUUAAUAAUAAUUAAAAUACCUGUGAUGUGCUGUGUUUGAGAUAAUCAUAUUCAUAGUUGAUAUACACAAUAUAAAUAAUAAACACUUAACAAACAAUUAGCAGCUACUUCACACGUGACCACCAAACCUGCACUUACAUUAAC